AUGUCAUCUAAAAUUUGGAUUUGGAAAAAUGUUCCCGGUAUUACUGGUCGGUGUAACGACGUAAUUUAUUCACAUCCAAUAUUACAAUCAAAUCAGGAUAUUCUUUUAUAUUUUGGAGGUGAUGUUCAGGACAUUGAAGCAAACAUGAAAAGAACUUCAAGUAGCAAAAAGUAUAUUGAAUGGAGUUUAGAAAAUACUGCUAAAAUACUUACUAUAAACUUUCCUAAAAAGCAUGUCCUUUUAAUUCGACCAUCUAGAAUAAAUGGAACAAUAAGCUGUUUUGAUAAUUUUGUACCAUCAAAUAUAUAUGGUGUACCAUCAUUUGAUCCAACACAUAAUGCUUUAAAACAUUUAAAAGAAUUAAUUAAAUCAUCUUUAAGUCAUAUAAAAGCAUGUAAUGCAGGAAAGGAACUUACUCAUUUUAAUAUUGAGACAGCAAAACUAACAUUAGUAGGUUUUAGUAAAGGUUGUGUAGUUUUAAAUCAAUUACUACAUGAGUUUCAUUAUUAUCAAAAUAAAUUAGAACCUGAUAUUGACAUUAAUCAUUUUAUAAAUCUCAUUGAAAGUAUGUGGUGGUUGGAUGGUGGACAUGCAGGUUCUAAGGAUACAUGGAUUAUAGAAAAAUCUAUUCUAGAAUCUUUUGCAAAAUUAAGAAUAGAAGUUCAUGUUCACGUUACACCAUAUCAAGUUCAAGAUCCUCAUCGUCGAUGGAUAGGUGAAGAGGAAAGCCACUUCUGUAAUAUUUUGAAAAAUAUAGGGGUUCCUAUAAAUCGAACUUUACAUUUUGCAGAUAAGCCAAGAAGUUUACAACAUCAUUUUAAUGUUCUUACAGCUAUUAGAAAUUAA